AUGGGGCGGGCGCUCGGCAUCCUGCGCUGCUGCCUGGCCCUGGCGCUGGCGCUGCCGCCGCUGCCCGCGGCCCUGCGGGGCCCCGCGCUCCGCCCGCGCCGGCAGCCGCGCCCCGGCGGCCUAGCCAGGAGAGGUGUGUCAGACACUGCCUGUAAGAACCGGCCUCUAGACCUCCUCUUCAUCGUAGACAGCUCCCGCAGUGUGCGACCCGAAGAGUUUGAGAAAGUGAAACUCUUCCUGACAGAAAUGAUCGAUACCCUGGAUGUCGGUGAAAAAACAACACGUGUGGCCGUCAUGAACUACGCCAGCACCGUCAAGGUGGAGUUUCCCCUCCGGACCCACUUUGACAAAGCCUCUCUGAAGGAGGCUGUGUCCCGCAUUGAGCCCUUGUCUGCUGGCACCAUGACCGGCCUUGCCAUCCAAACUGCCAUGGAAGAAGUCUUCACUGAAGAAAUGGGUGCCCGGCCAGCAACAUUCAACAUCCCCAGGGUGGUCAUUGUAGUGACGGACGGCCGGCCACAGGACCAGGUCCAAGGUGUGGCGGCGAGCGCGCGGAUGGCCGGCAUCGAGAUCUACGCGGUCGGGGUGGGCCAGGCAGACGUGCAGUCCCUGAGGAUGAUGGCCAGCGAGCCCCUGGAUGAACACAUCUUCUAUGUGGAGACCUACGGCGUGAUCUAAAAGCUGACAUCCAGAUUCAGGGAGACUUUCUGUGCUGUGAGCGUGUGUGCCCUGGGGAGCCACGGUUGCCAGCAGCUCUGUGUGAGUGAUGGGGCAUCCCACCUCUGUGACUGCUAUCAGGGAUACACCCUGAAUCCAGAUAAGAGAACCUGAUCAGCUGUGGACCUGUGUGCACCUGGGAGGCACGAGUGUGGCCAGAUCUGUGUGAGUAACAACAGAUCCUAUGUCUGUGACUGCUAUGAAGGCUACACCUUGAAUCCAGACAAGAAGACUUGCUCAGCCAUGGACAUGUGUGCACCUGGGAGGCAUGACUGUGCCCAAGUCUGUCUGAGUAAUGAUGGAUCCUACAGCUGUGGCUGCUAUGAAGGAUACACUCUGAAUCCAGACAAGAAGACUUGCUCAGGUAUUGGUGUGUGUGCCCCAGGAACCUAUGACUGGUACCAGGUCUGUGUGUGUGCACAGACCUGUGACUGCUAUGAAGGCUUUAUCUUAAAUUCAGAUGACAAAACAUGCUCAAGAGCCAUAACAAGCAGUCUUGUAACUGCUGAAGAGUCCUGUAAGUGUGAAGCCAUAGCUGCCCUCCAGGACUCAGUGACCUCACACCUCGAAGCUCUGUCCACAAAAUUAGAGGAAGUGUCUGAGAAGCUGCAGGCAUAUCAAGACAGACAGCAGAUUGUCUGA